AUUUUAUUAAAUAUUAUGUUAAAAAAGUUAUUGCAAAUUUGCAAAAACAAUUUCCUAAUAAUAGCUUAUACUAUUUUUUAUAUAUUUUUGAUCCUUAUGAAAUACUAUUUGAUAAAAGUGCUUUACAAAACUAUG